CAUAUCUACAAAAGAAGAUGUAAUGUUAAGCUUUUCAUGUACCUUGCUCAAAUUCUUGAUAGAGUAAAGAAAUAUGCAUACAGCAAUGGCAGCCAGAAAUCCUCCAUAUCAUCAUUCACCAACACCAACAGAGCACAUACCCACUUCGAAAAUCUCCCAAAAAACAAUCCUAAACCUCCUUGAUACUAAAUGCAAGUCUUCACUUCAAUAUAUUUCCCAACUCCAUGCUUUGAUAUUAAGAAGUGGCCAUUUUCAAGACCAUUAUGUAUCUGGUACCAUGGUGAAAUGCUAUGCCAAUCCCCAUUUCAGUAACCUGGAUUUUGCUUUCAGGGUAUUUGAUUAUAUCCCAAAUCCCAAUGUUUUUGUGUAUAAUAUUAUCAUUAAGCGUUGCUUAGACAAUAAUGAACCUUUUAAGGCAAUAUAUUUUUACUACAAAAUGGUGGCUACCUCAAAUUCAAGGCCUAAUAAAUUCACUUACCCUACUCUAUUGAAGGCUUGUGGGAUUACAAAAGCAGCUAAAGAAGGGUUGCAAGUACACGCUUAUUUGAUUAAACAAGGGCUUCAUGGAGAUGGGCAUAUCAGAAGCGCUGGGAUUCAAAUGUAUGCUAGUUUUGGUCACAUGGAGGCAGCUCAGCGAAUGCUAGAAGAAGAUGGUGAAACUGAUGUUAUUUGUUUCAAUGCAAUGAUUGAUGGGUAUUUGAAGAGUGGAGAUUUGGAUAAAGCUAAAGAAUUGUUUGAGAAAAUGGAAGAUAAAAAUGUUGGUUCUUGGAAUGUAAUGGUGACUGGUUUGGCUAGGUGCGGAAUGAUUAAAGAAGCAAGGGAAUUGUUUGAUAAAAUAACUGAAAGGGAUGAUAUUUCUUGGAGCGCUAUUAUUGAUGGUUAUGUCGAAGGAGGGUAUUAUAAGGAAGCAUUGGAAGUAUUUAAUGUAAUGCAAAGAGAAGAAAUUAGGCCAAAGAAAUUCGUUUUAUCAAGUGUUUUAGCUGCAUGUGCUAAUGUGGGAGCUCUUUAUCAAGGAAGAUGGAUUCAUGCUUAUGUGAAGAAGAAUCCUACUUUUUUGGAUGCAGUCUUAGGUACUGCAUUGGUAGACAUGUAUGCAAAAUGUGGGCGGCUCGACAUGGCUUGGGAUGUAUUUGAGACAAUGAAAGAUAAAAAGGUGUUCACUUGGAAUGCUAUGAUUUGUGGGUUAGCAAUGCACGGUAGAGCAGAAGAUGCAAUUGAGCUGUUCUCUAGGAUGCAAAAGGAGAAGUUUAGGCCAAAUGGGAUUACCUUUGUCGGUAUAUUGAAUGCUUGUGCACAUAAAGGAAUGGUGGAUGAGGGUUUAAAAAUGUUGGAUUGUAUGGAGAAAGUGUAUGAUAUUAAACCUGAGAUGGAGCAUUAUGGGUGUAUAGUUGAUCUCUUAGGAAGAGCAGGGCUUUUGGCAGAGGCAGAAGAGCUUAUACAUUCAAUGCCAAUGGAACCAAGUGCUGCUGUUUGGGGAGCACUAUUAGGUGGUUGUAGAAAACAUGGAAAUGCAGAAUUAGGUGAAAGAGUAGGGAAGAUUUUGAUCCAAUUAGAGCCGCAAAAUAGCGGUCGAUAUGCAUUAUUAUCGAAUAUCUAUGCAAAGGCUGGAAGAUGGUAUGAUGUUGAAAAUUUGAGGAAACUAAUGAAAGAAAGAGGAGUUAAGACCACUCCUGGAACUAGCAUGAUUGAUUUGAGUGGUGUUGUUCAUGAAUUCAAAAUGGGGGAAGCUUCGCAUCCACAGAUGAAGGAAAUAUACCUGACGUUGAAAAAAAUGAUUGACAGGCUAGCAUUGGAAGGCUAUUCACCAGAUAUCUCUCAAGUUUUGUUUGACAUUGAAGAGGAACAGAAGGAAACAGCACUACAGUACCAUAGUGAAAAGCUUGCAAUUGCUUUCGGACUGAUUAACACAAAGCCAGGUACAACUAUCCGUAUUAUGAAUAGUUUAAGGAUUUGUGAGGAUUGUCAUUCUGCUAUCAAGCUUAUCUCUCAAGUGUAUAAUAGAGAGAUUAUUCUGAGGGACCGUGCGCGUUACCAUCAUUUCAGGAAUGGAACAUGUUCAUGCCAGGAUUUUUGGUGAACUAAUUUGCGAAUUAAUAAUUGUAAAUUCUAAACCUUGUUUUCAAAAGCUUUACUACUAUCUAUUAGCAAUUGACUAAUUGUUAGCAGAAAUGUAAACAAUGACCAAUAUAUUUGACUGUUCAUUUAAAA